UAAUCCGAGAUCUGGCCCUCCUUCCGUCCCCAAAAUCCAUCACAUCAAACACCCCUCGUCUCUCCCCGGGGCGCGCACAUCCUCCUCGCUUCCCACCCCACCUCUCCUAACCCUUCCUCGAGCGCGUCCUCAUGGCGAAGAAAGGCGCCGGCGGCGAGGAGUGCGUGGUCGUCGUGCCGGCGCAGACGGAGGAGCCCAAGCAAGGGCCUCCCCGGAAGCGCAACCCGUGCCCCGGGAUCCGCUGCGUCGGCGGCCGGAUCUAUGACCCGGAGAACGGGAAGACCUGCCACCAGUGUCGUCAGAAGACGAUGGAUUUCUCGGUGGCUUGCACGCAGCCCCGGAAGAAGGGGCUCUGCCCGAUCCACUUCUGCCACAAGUGCCUGCUCAAUAGGUAUGGUGAGAAGGCCGAUGAUAUGACCAAGGAGGCGAGCUGGACCUGCCCCAAAUGCAGGGGCAUCUGCAACUGCAGCUUCUGCAGGAAGAAGAAAGGGGAGACACCUACAGGAAUACUGGCCCAUGCUGCCAAGGCGUCAGGGCACUCGUCCGUCCAUGAUUUGCUGAUAAAGGGCUCCGACAUGGUGGCUGCUGCACAGACGCUGUCCUCACUGCCCAAGAAGAUCAAGAAGGAACACAAGAAGGGCAGCUUAAAGAGGGCGCUAGGGACAGAUGAUGCUACCGGUGGAUUGUUCGCUGAAGGGGAUGAGAAUAUUAAGACUGAUCUCAAUGUGCUUCCUUCAGUACCUACCAACAAGAAGCCCAAGAAGAUCAAGAAGGAACACAAGGAGGGCAACUUGAAGAGGGCGCUAGGGACAGAUGAUGCUACUGGUGGAUUGUUUGCUGAAGGGGAUGAGAAUAUUAAGACUGAUCUCAAUGCGCUUCCUUCAGUUCCUACCAACAAGAAGCCCAAGAAGAACAAGAAGGAACACAAGGAGGGCAACAUAAAGAAGGCGCUAGGGACAGAUGCUACCGAUGGAUUGUUGGUUAAAGGGGAUGAGAAUGUAAGGACUGAUCUCAAUGCACCCCCUUCAGUUCCUACCAACAAGGAGCUGAAGAAGAUCAAGAAGGUGGUACAUUUUUUGGAACGCAAGAAGGGCAACAUAAAGUUGGCUGAAGGGGAUGCGAAUAUAGGGACUGAUCUCAAUGCAAUUCCUUCAGUUCCUAUCAACAAGAAGUUGAAGAAGGAGAAGGGCAACAUCAUGGUAAAUAACACUACUGCUGAUGAGAAGUGCCCUGUUGAAAAUAAUGGUGAACUUCACAUCAGGGAUGAGAGCAUUGAUGUCCCAAAGGCCAAAAUUGAGCUACCCAUAGGUACUCCAGUCACUGACAUUGCAGGGGCCGAGCUGGAGGCUGAUGAUGUUGGGUCUGCAAUUCAGUUUUAUGAAUUCUGCCGCACAUUUGCAGAGGUGCUUAAAAUAAGAAAGGGACAACCAGAAAAAAUUCUUCAAGUCCUCACUGGAGGAGGCCGUAUAGGGCGAGAGGUGCCUCCAGUUGUUGCUGACCUUCACAUUAGUUUGUUGUCUGUCAUCCAAGAAGACAGAGAAGAGAACCCUUUGGACUAUUCAAGGAAUGGAGAUGCUUGGAUAAUUGAUACUGGCAAGUAUAUUAGUGAAUCCACAGUUAUCUCGAAGGAACUGCCUCUUGAUUGUUUAAGUCAAGGGGUAUUAGGAUAUAAAAAAUUGAGCCCUUCUUUAAAGCUGCAUCUGCUGAAUUUUCUUUGUGAUGAGGCCCUUUCUACUACAACAUUAAAGAACUGGAUUGUCAAACAACAUGAAAGUGCAACUGAGAGAAAGAUUGCUGCAAGGGAAAAAUUCCGUGCUGUCAAGGAAAAGGAAAAGGAGCUUAAAGAAAAACUAACGAUUAAGAUGGCUAAACCAAGGUUUUUGCGAAAUGGAGCAGAAAUUAAUAGUCUCGUUUCUCAAAUUAAGGAGGCAUAUGAAGACAAGAAGGCAGUAGUAGAUGAGGAGAAGCUGGGAGGUCUAGUUAGGAAAAAGCCUGCUAGGAUAGACGAAGGGGUUGCAUACUGGAAGUUGGAUGGUUAUUCUGAUAAGACAGCAAUAAUGCGCCAAGAGUUUGACACAAUAGAGAACACUGACAAGUGGUUUAUGUUCACUGUGGAAGAAGAAAAAGUAAUCAAAGAUCAUGUAGCCCCAAGGUCCCAGUUUAAGCGCAAAAAGCACACCUUGGCUGGGCACAAUGCACCACCGAUCUCAAGCUCCAUGAAAACUCAGACUCCAGUUUCAGCUGUUUGAAGGUGUAUGCCCUAUGCUAGCUGAGGACGGGGGCGUUGCGGAGGAUCUAAGUGGCUGAGCUUUGCUGCAGGGAAGUUAUGCAGUCACAGCAUUCUAUUCCUAGGGUAAUGAAGAGCCAACAACUAUCUGAAGAUGCAGUCACAGCGUUCUGUUCCUAGGGCUAUGAUAUGUUUUGUUCGGAUGGAAACUCUGGAAGUUAUUCCCUCUGUAAACUUAUAUAAGAUGUUUUAGGUUACUACUUUAGUGACCUAAGAUGUCUUAAAAAGUUUAUAGAGGGAGUAUUGAUUUUACAUCUCAAUUGUUAUGUACAUGUUAUUACUAGUCUGAGGACGGUUUUUAUGAAACUUCCAUCGCAUUGGGCUGAACCAUCAUCAUUUGAGUAUUGUCACUAUAGUUGUACAAUCAAUCGUCAUGUAGAAUGCAUGUAGCAACAAAUUGACUUGCGUUAGUGAUCAUGUUAUUCUGCUCUCGAUGA